GUCAGAACAACCCAGAUCCAUUUGGCCCCCCUCCUGGAGAACGGAGCCAUGCUUACCGGCUGGGCACCUGACUUCCAUUUCCUUCCCUCCGAGCGGUGACCCGUGGCUGUUGUUCUUUGUCCAGGUAUGUACCCUUUAGCUGCGGCAACCCCGGAGGCUGAGAGCAGCCGGAAGCUGACCCACUUGCUGAACGCAGUGACCGACGCUCUGGUCUGGGUGAUUGCCGAGAGCGGGAUUCCCUCCCAGCAGCGGCCCGUGCGCCUGGCUAACCUCCUGAUGCUCCUUUCUCAUGUCAGACACGCCAGUAACAAGGGCAUGGAACACCUGCUUAACAUGAAAUGCAAGAACGUGGUCCCAGUCUACGACCUGCUGCUGGAGAUGCUGAAUGCACACACGCUUCGCGGGUACAAGUCCUCGCUCACCGGGGCCGAGUGCAGCCCAGCAGAGGAGAGUAAGCACAGGGAGGGCUCCCAGAAGCCCCUGUCUCAGUGAUGCCCAGUCCAAGGCGAAGAGGCCACAGAGGAGGUCAGAGGCUGAAGUGUGAACUCCAGUGCAAACCGUGAGCUCCAUCCGGGAGUGGGCAGGCUUCACCGUCUUGCUCGUGUGUGGUCCCUCAUUUGGUUAUGGCAGGCCCAGUCGAGUACCGUCCUUCGCCCGACCUCCCCACUUGCCAAGAGUCAGGGUGAGAAAGCUGCAGUGUUCCUUGUUACCAGGGGGCAUGUUCGAAUGUGGACUUUACCUCUUACUCGGCCUCAUAGGAUCUCAGUGUGGUCCCUUUCUUUCUUUCCAUCUCCCUUCCACCCCUCUGGAAAACAUGUUAAAGGUUUGGGAAUGAAUGGUGGAAAUCCGCUGUGGAAGGUUUGUAAAGUAGAGAGGGAAGAGGAUGGGGCCCUUAUAGGAAGUGGACUAACCUUUAUUGUGCAACGUAACCUGCCCUCAGAUAGACCUCCAUUUGCUCUCUUCAGGGCCACUUGAUGGUAGGAUGGAAAACCAUGACAACGAACGAACUAGUUCCACACACCUACCUCACAGGCCUGUGAGGACUGAGGUCAUGUAUCGCUCUUACUGUUGAAGGCCAGAGGGAUUGUGAUCUGGGGAGCCAGGGGUCAGGCUGGGAGGUGAGCCAUGCCCUUCCCCCAGACCUUGCUGCCAUCUCCAUAGAGGUUCAUUCCUCUUGAUUUGCAUUCAUAGAGCCUGCUGAUUAUUUGGGGGUGCAUUUAUGUUUGUGAUCACUUUUAUGGAGGAUUGUGGGGAUUUAAAUCUCUCUGCCCCUUCCUUAAAACUCUCUUGUCCCACAGAGCCCAGCCCAGUGUGUGCUGGAGAAAGGCCCAGCGUUUGCAGGAACGGGUUUCUCCUGUGGGUUUGGGUCACAGCCACGUUGCUUCCCUGGGGCAGCCAGGGAACCACCCGCCACAUCAGCCAUCCACGGACAGGGAUACGUCGGGCUGUAUGUGCAAGGCAUGCUGUUCCAUGGAAAGAUGAAGGGCUACUGACACACCUGUGUGUCAGGUUCAGGGCCAGACUGUGUAGACUUGGUGAGCAUAUCACCUGAGCAAGACCUGGUUUGUGAACCCUACUUAAAAAAAAAAAAAAAAAA